AGCGCUCCUGUGGAAGUGUGUGAAGUGUGUGCCACUGCGCUCUGCGGCCGGUCCUCUGCUCAACUGGAUCUGAUGGGACACGUUUAUCACCUAAUUCAUAGACUGGAGAUCUAUAAGGCUGUGCCUCAUCUGUGAAUGGCUCUAGUCAGCUAGUUUUCUAGCCCAGCGGGGUUUCAGAUGGAAAGAUGAUCGCCUCUCUUUCUAGAGGAAGUUUGCUGGAUGAUGUUCUUCAUGGGGGCUUCAACGAGCAGCAGCUGGUGACAUAUGUGUCCUGGGUGAACACUCAGCUGAAGAGGAAACCAGGACUGAGCACCAUUUCUGAUCUGAGGCAUGACCUGCAGGAUGGAGUAGUGCUCACGCAACUUAUCGAAAUAGUUGCUGGGGAAGUAUUGGAGGGUGUGCAUCCAGUGCCUCAAAACAAAGAUGAAAGCAGAAAGAACGUUGAAAAAGUGUUGCAGUUCAUUUCCUCUAGACACAUACGGAUGCCACACAUCUCUGCAAAAGAUAUUGUUGAGGGCAAUCUGAAAUCUAUCAUGAGGAUAAUACUUGCGUUGGCUGCUCACUUCAAGCCUUCAGCCUAUCACAGAGCAACUUCAAUAAGUGGAAGAAGUGUAAACAGGGCCUCAACCAAUCACAACCCUCUGUCGACUGUGGCUCUGGCCCAAAGAGCAGCUGCAGCUCUUGCUUCAGCACGCAUCGAUGCCUCCCAGCCACCGCGCACCACACGUCUCCACAGUAGUUGGGAUUCUGAGGAAAAGAGUGUGUCUGUACGUGCAUUGGUUAAACAAUAUGAGAGAAAAAACCCAAAUGAGCCGGACGAUGACACCUCCAACAGCCUGGGCUCUACCAGUCCUCUUUCCUCUCCGAGAACUGGGCCAAGCAUCCAGUUUGAGAGGAUUCAAAAUGAGCAGCAGCAGCAGACCAGUGAAUCUACUGUUGCCAUGGUAACAUCAUGGGAAGACUCUAUCAGCGACGACUUGGAGAAGGAGGUGCUGGAGACUCGCAAGAUGGUGUCCGCCUUACAGAACUUGUUGCUUCACGGUUCACUGCCUGAGGACGACCAGGAUAUGUCUCUAAAACUGGAUCAAUGCAACGAUGAACAACAACUGACUGUACUUCGCAGUCGCUUGGACCAGAGUAUGGAGGAGGCAAAGGAACUCAAGAGGGAAGUGCUGCGCUGCAAGCAAGAAAUUAGAAACUUACAAGGGGUAAAGGAGGCCCAGCAGCAGAGACUGUGCUCUCAAGAGACAUCCAUCCUGCAAAUGAAACAGGAAUUACUGAGGGCCAGCAUGACACGGGAUGAACUCAACAACCAAAACAGAGAGCUGCAGUGGAAAGUAGAAGAAUCAAACAGAUUAUGGGGAGAAUGCAAGAAAGAGAUAGUACAGAAGGAUCGACUCCUGCAACAACUGAAGCACAAACUAGAAGAAAGUCAAAAGCACCAGUGUGAACUGCAAAGAGAGUUGGAGCAUAAGAACGCAAUGCUACAGGAGCUAAGGAAUAGAGAUUUGCAACAGAUUACCACAGAUAACAAUGGAUUUUUCAACCCAGGAAGUCCAACAUCGCCUGUGACAUAUCCAACGGAAGAGGUGCAACUGCUCAGAGACUCUCUGAGGAGUUUAAGAAACAACUUUCAUGAUCACGACCCACAGCAGCACACACUGGACACUCUGGAGCAGGGAAUCGUGUCACUGAUGGACAGACUGCAUGUGCUGCACCCACACAGGGGACGAGGGAAAUCCCCAAGGCGAAAAGAGAUCAAUCAGCCCCAAGUCUCUUCAUCUGCCUCAACAAAAUUUCUGUAUUUUGCUGGAAAAUCUCCUACGCCUUCAAUGAUCCACAUACCAAAGAGACUCGGUGAAGUGACUCUUAAAGACGUUAAGGCAGCUGUGGAUCGGGAGGGGAACUACAGGUACCACUUCAAAGCACUGGACCCUGAGUUUGGCACUGUGAAAGAGGAGGUUUUCCUGGAUGGAGCAAUUGUUCCGGGCUGGGAAGGGAAAAUUGUGGCUUGGUUAGAAGAAGAUGGCCAAGAAAGGCCUGUGUAACCACAAUGGGAACACUUGUAUUGUAUAAUUGAUCAACUGUCCCUAGAGGCACAUAGACACAAUCUUUUAUUAUUUAUAGUUUACUAGAAACACUGUAUAUUUGAGUUGAUGAGCAUUUGCCAUCUGGUAGUGUAAGAUACCUUUGUGCCUUCACAUAUAACUGCAUUUUUACAAAAGGACAUAUGUAUGUAGAAAUGUGGAAUAAUAAUUGAAUUACUUCUGCAGUGUUAGACAGUACUGUAUCACAUUUUUUAUCAUUCAGACUGUGGAGCAGCAAAGUAUUUAUUUUUCGUAAAACUAUGAAUUAUUGUAAAGCAGUGUUUUUUGAAUGGUAUUUUACUAUGUAGGCCCUGUGUUACUGUAAUGAUGUAAUGACCAUCCUUAACAGUAUUUACAGUUAUUUAAUAGGCACCACAUUCACAGGUAAUACUGUAAAUUUGACUGUAGUAUAGUAUAGUGUUUCCCUUUUGGAUUUAUGGUCUGUUGUCAUUGUAGUCACUUACUUUCUCUUGGAGCAGUGAUUCUGGUGAAGUGUUUGGGUGUUGGUAAAAUAGGUAAAACAGUACCAUCUGCAAUACAUGUAAGCCUACUAAACUACAGAAUGAGUGUUUACUAAGCUUUAUAAGCUUAGACGUGAAUUUGCCAACAGUUUACCUUAUUCUUUACCUGUUCAUUCACAAACAAGCCAGAAAAUGUAAGAUUUGCCAACUAUAGUUUGAAAAAGUAUGUUAGAACAACUGGAUUUAAUUUAUUUUUAUGUAAAGAAUUUCAAUUUUAAAAUAAACUGAUUUUAGUAAUAUAACA